AUGGAUGGGAGCAAAUCUCAAUCUGAUGUGUCUGAUGUUAAUUCUGGAAAUGCUUUGACUACCUCUGCUCCCACUUCUUCAAAGAGGUCCAAGUAUACUACGUACAAGAUUUUGCCCAUUGAGAAAAAUUUUUAUCAAGAACAUCCAGAUGUAACAAAUAGAUCAAUGGGUGAAGUUGAGGAAUAUUAUGCUGAGCACCAAGUUAGAGUGAGAGGAAGGGAUUGUCCCAAACCUGUCCUGAAAUUUGAAGAGGCCAAUUUUCCUGACUACUCUAUGGAUGUGUUUAAGCAACAAGGGUGGGAAAAACCCACUGUCAUACAAGCCCAAGGAUGGCCUGUGGCCCUCAGCGGCCGAGAUUUAGUUGGGAUAGCUCAAACGGGUUCUGGCAAGACACUGUCGUACAUCCUGCCAGCAUUUGUCCAUAUCAGCAGACAGCCACCUCUCAUGUUCAGUGAUGGAUGCAUUUGUCUGGUCCUGGUGCCAACUAGAGAGUUAGCUCAGCAAGUUGCACAGACAGCCAGCCUGUUCAGUGAGAGAGCGAACAUUAGAUAUGCUUGCAUAUAUGGCGGAUCUCCUAAGCAGCCACAAUUGAAAGAACUUGAAAGAGGUGCAGAGUUAGUUAUUGCAACACCUGGUCGACUAAAUGAUUUCCUAGAUACAUUCAAGACAAAUUUGAUGCGCACAACAUUCCUCGUGUUGGAUGAGGCCGAUCGUAUGCUUGACAUGGGAUUUGAACCUCAGAUUAGAAAAAUCAUGGACCAGUUGAGGUCUGAUCGUCAGACUUUGAUGUGGAGUGCCACCUGGCCAAGAGAAGUUCAACAGUUGGCUGAAGCCUACCUGAAUGAUUAUGUUCAAAUAAAUGUUGGAGCCCUGCAGCUCAGUGCCAAUCACAAUAUUGUGCAACAUGUUGAAGUUUGUCGUGAGGAUGAGAAACCGUUCAAAUUGAGUCGCUUACUGAAAGGCAUCAUGAGGGAGGAGGAUCAAAAGUGUUUGAUAUUUGUUGAGACCAAAAGGAAGGCCGAUGAACUGACUCGACGUCUGAAAAGAGAAGGCUAUGCUGCAAUGGCCAUACAUGGAGAUAAAAGUCAGGUAGAUAGGGAAUAUGUCCUACAAGAAUUCAAAGAUGGAAGAUGUCCUUUGUUGAUAGCUACUGAUGUUGCAUCAAGAGGAAUUCAUAUUGAAGAUGUGAAAACUGUGGUAAACUAUGACUACCCAAAUUGUUCUGAAGAUUACAUUCAUCGCAUUGGCAGAACUGGUAGAGCAUCAAACAAGGGCACUGCAUACACUUUUUUUACCCCUCAUAACCGCAACAAAGCUAGAGACUUGAUUGAUGUCCUGAAAGAGGCCAAACAGAUCAUCAGUCCUCGUUUGCUAGGCAUGCAAGGAUUUGGAUCUGAUAGAGAGAGAGGUGGAAGAGGAGAAGACAGAUGGGGAGAUAGAGGUGGAAGAGGGGGAGAGAGAGGUGGCAGAGGUAGAUAUUUCAGAGAUAGAGAAGAGAGAAAUUUCAACUCCGGGGACAACAGAGACAACAAAGACUACCAGUCUGAUCGUAGAGGUUACAAUCGAGAUUAUAACAGAGACAACGAUGAUUUCAGAUUUGAUCGGAGAGAUAGAGAUAACAAUUUUAGCAGAAGAGAUAAUGAUAAUGAUAAGAAAAAUGAAGACAAUAAUGAAAGAAAUAAUGAUGGUAGUAGUACUAACACUGACAAGGAUCAGCAGCUCGGUAAGGAUAAUACUGAUGGCUAUAAUAGCAGAAAUAACAGUUAUGACAACAGCGGUAGAAAUAACAAUUAUGAUAAUAAUAAGAGUAGCACCAAUUUUGACGAUAACAGCUACAGAAGUAAUAGAAACUUUGGAUCUUUUCGAGGUAGAGGUUCAAACUUUCAUAACAACGAUGGUAAUCGCAGAUACAAUGAUGACAGAAACAGAAAUUCGUACAACAAUGGUGAAAAUGAAAAUAGAGAUUCUAGGGGAUUCAGUAAUCAAAGAUUUCAAGGAAGACAUCAACAGCAGCAGCAGCAACGGGAACCACAACAAAAAUCAUUCCAAGAAAGAUCUAACUAUUAUCAAGAUAGCCAGAAAUACAAAACACAGCAACAAUCUGAGCAAAAUGAUAAGGGCUAUAGUAAUAUGCACAACCAACACAAUCAAAGUUUUCAAAAUCAGUAUCAGCCAGCUCAACAAAAGUCAUCUCAGAAUAGUUAUUCAUACGGCCACUUGAGUGCAACUAGCGUUAUUAGUUCACCAUUUCCUCAAACCUCUAUCGCUCAGACGUUUCCAAAGUUUCAUGGUUUUCCUGAUACCUCAGCUCCUCCGCCGCCUCCUCCGCCAUCUUCACAAAAUCCUCCUCCUCCUCCACCACCACCACAAACAACAGCCAGUACAAACAACAACAGUGCCGCUGCAAAUACUUACCAGUAUAAUGACAACCUCCAAAACAUUGCUAUGUUGUACAAUCAGUUCAUGCAGCAAGCAGGUCUCUUCAGUCAGGCACCUCCACCGCCACCUCCGAAAUAACUUUUGACAUCCUUUGUUAACGUUCUUAUUGUGUUGUGAUGGGACAGCGGUUUUUAAAUUACUUGUAGGAUGAAAGUUUAUGUUUUAUUUCAUUUUUAGAUAAUAAAAUGUACCGUUUACUUUGUUUCA